AAAACCAGCUCGCGCCGCCCGAGAGCCAGAGCGAUGGAGGUCGACGGCGAGGGCGGCGGCUGCGGAGGCGGCGAGGUGGAGGGGAGGAGUGGCGACCUGGAGACCCUCCUACAAGCGAUAAGAUCCACCGAGGUGCUGGAGAAUAGAAUUUCCCUUAUCAACCAACUCGAGGGUUCCUUUGGGUAUUCUGCAGAUGAUCUGAGCCUAAUACUAGACACUCUUAUUGUAUCUUGGGAUGAUUCUAGAUGUUCAGGUGUAUCACACUUCAUGCUACACAAGUCUGUUUUGCAGGUUGCUCUGAAAUGCUCAGAUAUAGAUACCACUGAUUGUCUAGGGCAAUUUCUUUCACUUGGUGUAAAGGCCAGCUCGUGGUGUGGGAAGCAUCUCCUAUGGUCUGUCGAAUCUAUUGAUGAAUCUGAAGAGGUCCAAGAGGAAGAGCACUCCAGAUUACUCCCAGAGAUUAUUUCACUGACCUUAAAUAUCUCGAUCAAGCUCCUUCCCUCCGCAGCGAAAUGCAUUAGUGCAGAUAUGGUGCAUACUAUUCGUGGUUUUAUAUUGGAGUUGUUGACUCUGAUGGAAAGCUCAAUAGUUGACAACAAGAAAAUUCACGGAUCAACGCCGGAUAUUGCUAAGGCUGCACCUGUUUUUCUAGAUGAAACCAUUAAACUGUGCAAGGCAUACUCUGAGAUCGCAAAAGCAGAUAACUGCAAAAUGAGCACGCCUAAAGAAGAGACGAAUGUGAAACACCGUGAACCAGAUCUUGCUAGUGAUUGGACCAGGAUUACAGCAUCUACUAUUCAGACUUUGUGUAAAUUGGGAACCUAUGCAGCAUCCAGUGGUGGAAGCCAGGUGACUUUACUGAAUGUAUCAUGGAAGGGCGUAGUUUCCUUACUGCAGAUUGGCAAAGGAAUGAUAGAAGAAAAAAUAAAUGUCGGAGAUAUCAUCUUAACCCUUGUCUCUCUGAUCAUAGAAUCUCUGAAAGUUGCCGCUGAGACAUGGUGUACACCAUUACUAGAAGCCCUUGGUACCUCUGAAGCUAGAAGGGCAUUCCUACCAAUAAAGUUUUUCUUAAUAAAUGCUCUAAGGAUUUGUUCUGCAUAUCCAUCCGAAGCGAUGACUAUAUACAAGAACAUAAUCAAGUGUGCACUGGUGAUCACAUCCUCAAGCAUUUUAUUCAGCAAAGAGCCACAAUUGAAGGCAGCAAAUGAGGCGCUUGUUGAAUUAUUGGAGCCCACUUCCUUUCUUUUACUAGAUACACUUAUGAAGUCAUCUGAAGUGACACCAGAGUCCAAAUGCCAGCUUGUACAUUAUUUUUUUGAAAAUGAAGAAGCUAAUAGUUCAGUUCACAUGGGACAAGCUGAUCAGAGAGAGAUAAAUUUGGCUUCAUUGGAUUGCAUUUUCCCUACGGAUUCUGAUGUUCAUCAUAGAAAUAGAGCACUUUUACCUGCUGAGUUAAUUGUGUUUUUGCACUUUCUCAAUGCUUCCCCAUGGCUGAGAGAAGAGGUGGUAAUUGAAUUAUCUAAAAAGCUACAAGCUCUUCUAAAUAUCUUCACAUCAGAAGAUAUCUACUCCUAUGUCCUCGGCUACCAAAUUCCUUCCUUAUAUGGUGCAGACCAUUCUCCUGCAGUUGUUUGGCAACCUGUUUAUACUUCUCUCAUACAAGCCUUGAAAACUUUUAUGAUUUCUUCUGUUGCUUCAAGUGCUGCUUGGAAUGAGUUAGAAGCUUUCUUACUUGAAAACCUUUUCCAUCCCCAUUUCCUUUGCUUGGAAAUUAUUACAGAGCUAUGGUGUUUCUUCAUGCGUUAUGCUGAAACUGAAACUGCAAAUUAUUUAGUUAAUCAACUGCUUCUUCUGUUAAAGACUGUAGCAUCACCAGAGAAAGUUCUUGCACCUCUCAGUGCUUUGCGGAAGGUUGCACGCGCACUAUGUAUCAUCUUGAGCUAUGCAUCUUCUGCAACCGUUGAUCGAAUUUAUACUCGUGUGCUGAAUGAUGAGAACACUUCCAAGUCAUCGAUCUUGCACUUAGCAUUGUUGAUGGAAGGAUUUCCUUUCGAUUCAUUGUCUGGUGGUGCAAAGGAGCUUGCUGUAAAGAACAUGCAUACUUCUUUUGCUGGCUAUCUGGAGAGCUACUCCAAGAAUCAUCGAGCAACCAAUUUGCCAACUUCUAGCUCAGUCGUAACGGGACUUCCUGUACAUGCUCUAGCCUCUGCAUUGCAGCGUUGCGAAAUAAAGGACGCUAAUGUCAUAGAUGAGAGGAGCAUUACCACUAUGUUUAAGUUCACCACCUCUCUCAUAAAUAUGCUUGGAACUGCACCUGAUAGCAGUAAGGACCACCUUGCGAAGGACAUUAGUUCCAUGUUGGAUAUUAUCUCAAACAUGAGGCAUCUUUGCGCAUUCAGUGAUAUGCAGAAGUUAACUUUGGAGUUGCACACUCUAUUCUUGUCCACUUCUGAUAAUCAAAACGCAGUGCUGUCUCAAUGCAAACCAUCAAUGGCUUCUUUUAUGGCAAUUCUCGGUCACUUGAAUGUUACCGAGAAUGAUGCUAACGAACUUUGUUCUGCAAUGUGUGAUCUGUACCAUUUCUUGCUGAGGGAACGGCAUUGGGCGCUCAUUCACCUUGCAAUGGGUUCCUUUGGGUACUUUGCCGCCCGCACAUCUUUUACAGAGCUCUGGAAAUUUGUUCCUGGAGAUGCUGCCCUUUCAUACAAUGCAAUCACAGGGACGGUCAUAGACGAGAACAGAUUCAUGCUGGAGUUGAAAGAUUUUCUUCAGAAAGAGGCUGCCUUACACGGUACCAGCAGAUGGUCUGAAAAGCAAAUCUGUUUUCUAGUUUCAGAGGGGAGGGCGCUGAAGAAACUGGUCAAAACAUAUUCUGAAAUUCCAGAAAUCUCUGAGCCUGAGAAAGUGGCGAUCACCAAGGAUGUCAGCACAAAGAAGAGGAAGAUGCCUGAUGGAGUCUGCGAAGGGAUGGUGUUGCUGCAAAAUGGUCUCAAGGUCAUGCGAAGCGCCUUCGAUGAAUCAGACUUUGCAGAACUUAGAGAUCGGUUUGCUGCACCCUUGUCACGCCUUGAGGAUGCAGUUUCCCAGAUCGCUAGUAUGUCUGAUGAUAUCUGAUUUCUUCACUGUAAACAUACUGUCUUCAGAUGUCAUUUGUUGACUCGGUGUAAUAGUUAACUCCCUGUUGUGAAUGAAGAACAACUAAUUGUUGAUGCCCAUUGACCUUUUAGAAACACAAGGCUCCCUUUUA